AUGUUGAAAGAUCUUAUUAGUAGAGAAACCAAAUUUAUUGAACAAUGGUGGAGGUCACCUCGAUUUGCCAAUAUAGAAAGACCAUAUACUGCCCUUGAUGUUUUUAAACAUAGAGGAUCCAUACCAAGAUCGCAAAUCAAAUAUCCAUCUUCAGUUCAAGCAAAGAAAUUAUUCAAACUACUAGAAAAUCAUUUUGAAAGAAAGAAACCGUUGCAUACGCUAGGUGUUAUUGAUCCUGUUCAAAUGACUCAAUUGUCACGUUCUAAAGAAAUGAAAGUGGUUUAUUUAUCAGGGUGGGCAUGUUCUUCUACUUUAGUGUCGCCUUCUAAUGAUGUCUCCCCUGAUUUUGGAGAUUAUCCAUAUACAACAGUACCAAACCAAGUGGAAAGAAUCUUUAAAGCGCAAGAGUUCCACGAUAAAAAGGCCUUUUUAAAAGUCGUCGAGAAUGAAAGUAACGCAGAAGAUAUGGUUGAUUACAUGAAACCCAUUAUUGCUGACGGUGACAUGGGCGGUAGUCCACAUAUGGUUAUGAAAUUAUCCAAAUUGUUUGCUGAAAAGGGUGCAGCAGCGAUUCAUUUAGAAGAUCAAUUACUGGGUGGUAAACGAUGUGGUCACCUUAGUGGUGCUGUUUUAGUUCCCACAGGUGACCAUUUAUCAAGAUUAAUUGCUUGUAGGUUUCAGUGGGAUUUAUUAGGUACUGAAAAUCUGCUUAUUGCAAGAACGGAUUCCUGUAAUGCAAAAUUACUAAGUAGCUCUUGUGACCCAAGAGAUCAUGAAUUCAUUAAAGGUAUUUCACAUAGAUUAAAUAAACAAGAUAGCAUAGGGAAGGACCCAAGAGCGUGGAACGAAAUUUUGGUGGAUGCUGUAUCUCGUAAACUAGAUAAUGAUUCAAUGGGCCAAUUAGAGGAACAAUGGUACCAUGACAAUGAGUUACUAACCUUCGAUGAAACCGUAGAGAGAUUAUUUUCUAACGAAGACUUCCAAAGAUAUUUAAGGACUAAAAGUAUGAUGAUGGAGCAAGAGUUAAAAAGGCCAUAUUUGAGUUUGAAAGAAAUGGAAAUGAUCGCUAAUAAAAUAUGUCCUACGAUUAAUAUUGGAUUCGAUUGGGAUGCACCAAGGACAAAAGAGGGUUAUUAUAUUUUCAAAGGAUGCAUGGAAGCUGCCAUUAGAAGAUCAUUAGUCUUCAGUCCAUACUCUGAUAUGAUAUGGUUAGAAACGAAGACUCCUGAUUUAAAACAAGCCCAAAUGUUUUCUGAAGAGAUUCAUAGUGUUUACCCACAUAUAAAAUUAGUCUACAAUUUAUCACCUAGUUUUAAUUGGUCAAAUCAUGGAUAUACACCUGAGACAUUGAAAACUUUCAUUUGGGACUUAGCGCAAGAAGGAUUUAUUUUACAGUUAGUUUCUUUGGCUGGAUUACACUCUGAUGGAUUGGCAUUUUGGGAAUUGGUUAAAUCUUUCGAGAACAACGGGAUGCAAGGUUAUGUUAGUACAGUUCAGGAAAGGGAAAGAGAAAUUGGAUCUGAUGUUUUGACUCAUCAACGUUGGUCUGGUGCAGAAUACAUCGAUUCGGUUAUGCAGGUGAUUCAAAAUGGUUCUUCUUCUCAAACAUUGAGCACUUCUGGUGAUGCUUUUACAGAGACUCAAUUUUAA